AUGCUCCAGGAACAUCCAAAAUUGAUUAUAUUAAUAGGAGAUGUAUCAGAUUAUAUUUACAAAAUACAAGCUGUUUAUUGUGCCUGUAAAAUACCAAGUGUAAAUUUUACAUUGGAUAAAUCUACAGAAAUACUGUAUGAUUGUGUAAAAGGUGCAUGUGUAUUUGUCCAUUGAACAUUUAAUGUUAUGGAAAAUGUUUGUAAUACUGUGAUUGAAAAUUCACCACCAAUUGCUAAAUUAAUAGAGAAGCCUAUUUAUACUUUUGGUAAAUCAUUGCGUCAAGAAUUUGACUAUGUAGAAGUAAAAUUGCCUAUAAUAAAAGAAGUAUCACAGCAGGUUAUACAAAUUUUAAUGUUUAUACUAAUUGUCUUAUAUACCAUAAAAUUUCAUUGCCUUAGACCAGCUGUUAAGAUGGUUACAAAUUUAAAGGAAGAAACGAAACAUAAGGUGGGAGUUACAAUAUAACUUGGUUACUAUAAGGUUCAUUAUUUAAGGUUGCAACAAGCAGAUAGACUCAUGUUAAUUGAAAGAGGAAUUAAUAUUUUGAAAGUUGACAGUAUUACUGAUUUUGUUGAAUUAAUGUUAGAUUAACAUUUACGUGUAUCACAUAAAGAAUUUAGUACUGGUAAAACUGGUUAG